GCGUACAAGAUGGCGGAAGCGUGCGGGCUGAGUGCGGCUCCUUUUAAAUAGAAGAAGCCGGCAGAGCGGAGGGUGAGACGGCGGGCGGCGGCAGUAGGGUGGCUGUGCGCAUGGGGAGCGCUCGUCGCUUCUGAGUCCGAUUCGCACGGUCGCCUUUCCCCGCUAGAGGUGUGCUCGACUUCCCCUUUGCCGCGAACGUGGGUGGCGGCUGCCCGCCCGGAGCCUGAUGAUGAAGAUUAAGGACAACCAGACCCGCACUUACGACGGCGACGGCUACAAGAAGCGGGCGGCGUGCCUCUGCUUCAAGAGCGACUGCGAGGAGGAGGUGCUUUUAGUCAGUAGUAGUCGUCAUCCAGACCAAUGGAUCGUGCCAGGGGGAGGCAUGGAACCAGAUGAGGAACCAGGCAAUGCAGCUGUGAGAGAAGUAUAUGAAGAGGCUGGAGUGAAAGGAAAGUUAGGAAGAUUACUGGGGAUAUUUGAGAAUAGAGACAGAAAGCACAGAACCUACGUAUUUAUCCUCAUAGUGACAGAAAUUUUAGAGGAUUGGGAGGAUUCAGUUAAUAUUGGAAGGAAAAGGGAAUGGUUUAAGGUUGAAGAUGCCAUCAAGGUCUUGCAGUGUCACAAACCGGUACACGCAGAGUACCUGGAGAAGUUGAAGCUGGCUUGCUCGAGCACGAAUGGAAACUCUGUCGUCUCCACACUUUCAGGUGACACGGCCACCUUGUACGUGACUUCUUCAGGAGUGCCGUCUGACCUCAGAUGAAAUGGACAUUGACGUGGCCUUGCUGUUAAUGCAGUCAGUUAAUAAAACGCAUUCUGCUUUUGAAAGCAGCGUGCUCUAGUUUAGGUUGUAUAUGUAUAAAUACUUUUGCAUGAAUACUUGCAGUGUUGAUACUUUUAUAUGUAAAAUAGUGUUGAAAACCAAAGCCAUACAUUGAUUUAUGUUAGCAUCAUUUUGUUAGAUGUGCCUUUCAGGCUACUAAAUGUUUUAAGAUUGCAUUGCACAGGAGAGUAUCUUUAAUCCUGUUUCAAUAAUGCAUACAAGCCACAGAUGUGAAAAUUACUUUCUCCAUUGGUGCUUUACAAUGGUAAUGUGGUAGCUGAGAAACAUUCAGAACAACCACCUGAAAUAUCCACGAAGUGAUUGCUCAACACUCGGUUUCAUACUUUAAGCCUUGAGAAAUGAAUUGCUUGUUUUGAAUUAUUUGGAUAACUGAAGAUCUCCCAACCAGCAAAAUUGUCUUUAAACGAUGCUCCAUAUCCUUGAAUUCAACUGGAUCUGAUGCAACAAUAGAUUUUCAGAACUGUAGUUGGAAAUGUGAACAUCCCCAGUGAUUGCUAUGUAAAUCUCUCAAAUCCUAUUACUAAUUAAGCCAGCAGCCAGUUUGACUUUUGUACCAAAUUUGUAACUUUUCCACUUUUCACACCAUAUUCUCUUGCAAUGUGUUUUGUUUCAUUGUUCCUCCUGCUUAUUCCUGAUUUUUCUUUUUGUCGCAUUCUCCUCAAACCAGAUGUCCCAUAACUAAAAUCACCAAGCUCGGCCAGAGUUACUGCUUAACUCUCGAAGCACAGCUUGUCUUUAUUAAUAUACUGAACUCCAUGAAUGAAAGAAUUGCUAUCUAUUAUGUAAUGGAUGCUUCAAAAGAUGUAUAGAAUAUAAUUAAUGCCUGUGUAAAAAUUGAAGUUCCUCCAAAACAUUGCAAUUCUAAAUUCCUUUUGUGUGUCUGUUUAAUUUUAUAUGCUUGCAAGCUUUGAUUUGGUAUGUUUGUACCUUGCUAAUUGAAAAGGGCGAUGGUCUGUUUUAUAUAAAGUCGCACUCCAGAGGACUCCAUAUUUGUCAAUUGAACUGGGAUUGGCUGAGGUGACUUUGCAGGAUUUGCAGGUAAUUUAUUUGCUUUGUCAGUGUUGCUAAGAGGACUUCUUUUGUAUGGAGGAGCAAUAUGCUGUAGAUUUGCAAUUGUCUUCAUGGAUUAUCAUAAUCCAAACCCAACCAACCUGUUCUGGUUACAGUAGUUCCAUGUGAAAUUGGAUUCUGGCAGCUUCCAAUGAAGUAAAGAGUUGUAGUACAAAAUUGUCCUCUAGUCAGGGUACAGCCUGCCAUUCUGCAUUUGAAUGUUGAUUUUGUAGAGGUUGAUGAUACGUAGCACCGUCCUGAUUUGUAUGAAUGGAAAUGUUCCAUUCUCCCUCCUCCUGACCCCUUGUGGUUAAUUAGAUAUUGUGACUGAAAGCAGUAACACGUGUGGGAAUCAAUCUGCCUUAUCCACAGUUUGAGUUUUCAAUAUUGCUUCAGUUCAUUGCAGUGCCUCAUUACUGGUUAAUUUCUACCUCUGCUAUAGAAACCCAUCACCUUACAAUCUUUCUGUACGGUCCCAAAGACACCAUUUGAGAGAGUCUACUGUAUUUGAUUUUAAAAAAAUCAUUUUCUUAAUGAGACUAAUAGUCUUAAAUAAAACUGAAUUUUGAACAAUGUGGUUUUAUCAUUUGU